AUGGGUCAGGAUGUGGUGGCAUUGGGCUUCCCCCUUGGCCAGAACUCCCUGAAGAUUUCGAAAGGCAACGUCGCUGGAAAUGAGUUCGUCAACAGCAACCUUUGCAUCCAGUCCACUGCUCCAAUUUCGCCAGGAAACAGCGGCGGCCCUCUCUUGGAUGAUGCUGGUUCAGAGGUUCUUGGUGUGAACUUCGCAGGCGCUACUCGAGGUGAGAAUAUCAAUUAUGUGAUCCCUGCCUUCCGGGUUCAGGCGCUCGUCAACCUGCACCUCAAGGAGCAGCUAGGAGCUCCGUGGCGUCGCUUGGGCUUUCGAACACCUGGGCACGGCCUCACCACGGUGCAUCCGAACCAGGCCCUGUACAAUUUUACUGCGGGCUGCAAGGAGGGCGUGUACAUCGGCCGUGUUCGACAGGAUGGCUUCAUGAGCAAGGCACAGCCGGAAAUCCGGCCUGGCAGCAUGCUGGUGGCAGUCAACGGAAAGGCCCUGGAUGGGUUUGGCAAAGCCGACAUCAAGGAGCUUAUGUUGGGCAAGGCUGCCUUAGACGACCUCUUCUUCAUCCAACCAGACUUGGAAGCAGAGGUGUCUUUCGAGACUUGCUUCAGGGGCACAAAGCGUCUACACAAGGUGAGCACCAUAAGGACACCUGAUUUCGACAAGGGCAUCAGAUAUGUCGACGAGCCAGUGACCGAGGGGCUGACGCAGCAGUAUGAAAUCUUUGGAGACAUCGGCGUCAUGUCAAUGACCCAGAACCAUGUCGGGGAGGCCUUGGCCAGGACUGGCUCUCCACGCAUUUCUCGCUGGCUCCUCCCAGACAAAGCCUCCGAGCCAAGGCUCAUGGUCAUCUAUGUGCGGCCUGGAAGCUAUGCAAGCGAAGUCAUUGGAGAGGGCUCUGCCGUGGAGAAGGUGAAUGGCAGAGUUGUCCGAACGCUGGAGGACUUCCGCAAAGCCAUUGUGCCGGACGCAAAGGAUGAUAUUUGGACGCUCGAAACCGACUUGGGGCUGCUAUUGGCCACGCCUUUUAAGGCAACCCUGUCAGCUCAGCUUGUGAGUGGCGCCGCAGAGCCUUAUCUCCUCACACCGGGCAUCAAGCAGGAUGAACCACUGCCUCCUUCUGUCGAGGACGCUUCUUUUCAGAUUGCUCUGGCCUCCUUGGCAGACUUGAGUUAUCAAAAAGCAUGGAUCAGUUCGCAUUCUGUGCAUGGGCACAGCAUCGGCGAAGACCUGGAAGAUGUCAUAGUCCAAAGGACUUUCUUCUUCGUCCCACGGUACAAGUGGAGGUCCAGACCAGGCUCUGAUAGCGCGAUGGAGAAGAGAUUUGGCACCUCCAAGUUUGAAGUGUUCCGAUCUGCUUUCUGCCGCUCCAGCGCAAUCAUGGCCGGAAUUUCUACCGUGCUGGCGGUUGUGGCCAUCUGGCAAGAACAGUGGGUCCGAACUGCCUUGCUGCUUGGGUUCAUUCUGCCCCUCUACGUGGUGUACAGCCUCAUCACAUGGCAAUGCCUUUCCGUCUGGCAGCGCUUGUCGGACUGUAGGCCCUUGCUGGUGCUAACGCUCUGCUUGCAGAGUGUAGCUGUUUCCUUCGCAGAGUGGGACAGAUCGCUCUCCACCUCGGGCUUGCUGAUGCUGCACACAGCUUUUGUCAACAACUUCAGUCCGCUGGGGGUUCUUGAGAUCUUCCUAGUGACGGCCAUCUGUGGCAUACCUACCUACAUUUUUCUCGUGUUGUUUCCAGAAUUUGAAAUUUCGCUGGAUCAGCAUGGAUGUGAUGAACAAGCUGGAGUCAGAGCCACGGUCUUCCGCGACGUUCUCCUACCACCUCUUGUGUGCAUUUGCCAGUUUGCUUUGGCCAUAUGGCGUGACGAGUCGAUGCGUCUGGACCUGCUACUCCGUGACCAGCUGCGGGCACAACGUCAGAAGCUAGAUCAGGAGAUGCGAAAGAGCGAGCACCUUCUGCAAAGUUUGCUGCCACAGGCCAUCAUCGAUUCGCUUAAAGCCCACGAGCCAGUGGACUGCCAGGACUUUGAUGAUGUCACCGUGAUUUUUGUUCAAGUGUGUGACUUUUCGACGAUCUGCUCCUUGCUGCCACCGAAGACGACCGUGCAAAUGUUGGAUAAGGUUUUCCAGGAAUUAGAUCGUCUCAGCGACUUGCUGAAAGUGCACAAGGUGGAGACCGUUGGCGAUGUGUACAUGGCAGUUGCUGGGUGCCCGCAGCCAAUCGCAAACCAUGCAGAUGUUGCAGCUCACUUCGCCAUUGCCGCACAGUCCAGCAUCGUGAGGAUGCGUGCCUCCGAUGUCAUGGCGCCGCAGGGUGUUGGUGGCAAGCGGCUCUCCACCAUCCUUGGCGAUCAGUCGCUGGAGCUCAACAUUCGAAUCGGGCUGAACAGCGGCAAGAUUCGGGCAGGAGUGGUUGGUUUGGACAAACCUCGAUACAAGCUUUUCGGGGACACCGUGAACACGGCAAGUCGGAUGGAGAGCACUUCCGAGCCAGGAUGCACCCAGAUCACGGAGGCCACACAAGCCAGGUUGAGCGACACCUUCUACACGGAGGCGCGUGGCGAGAUCGAAGUGAAAGGAAAAGGCACGCUGAGGACGCACUUCUUGCGCGGGUACAAUGUCAUGGAGCAAUCCCAGAGUUUGACGAUAUCAUCGCACAAGAUGCAGGACUCAGUGACCAUUCGGGUGGGGCAAAAGGCCCACAGAGUUCAGUUCUCAGAGGGAGGUGAAGAAAGCAAGUCGCUAGCAGUGGUGCCAGGAAAGAGGCUGCUUCGAAGAGCUGCAGGCAAUGCUUUGAAGGAGCUGAUGGCGACCAUGCCACAGCACAGCCAGGACUUUCUCGCCGGCUUUACCCAAAUGCACCAGACCAAGCCCCUCAGUAACUUCUCUGUGCGGUCUUCGAAGUGGUACGACUGGCUGGAUAUGAAGCUUCUCAUGGUGCCGGAUUCCUCCAAAUCGCCAGAGAUGCUUCAGACUUUGCGAGCAGACAAGUACGAAUUCAAGCAGAGCUCCCUGGAUCGCCGAAUCUUCUUCGCGCGAACACUGAUCAUUGCAUGGCACGUCUUGAUCGCAGCGGCAGGGACUCUGGACUAUGCCUUUGACAUUGGUUCUCGUGACUGGGAGCGCUAUCGUUUGGGCGUGAUGGUGAGAACUUGGGGAAUCCAAGUCAUUGGCUGGGUUCACCUCUGUCUCCUCAUGGACAAAGACCGCUUUCAUCGGCGUGGCAAGCUCAUCACAGUGGUGAUGCUGGCACUUCAAGGUGCUUCCAUAGAGGUCCUGAAUGUCUUGAUUUACAACAAUGAACCCUCGUUCUACAUGAUGUAUGGUCUGUACGUACUGUUCAGUAAGACCUGCCCGUUUACUGUCCGGGUGCUCCUCUGUUUCCUCUCAUUGGUGACCUGGGCCUUAGUCGACAACGUGCAAUGCGAUUGGCAAGUACGUCAGCGUGCUGCGGAGUAUGUAAGUUACACUGGUGCGGUCUUCCUGCUGACAGCAGCUGGCAUCAGGAUGCAGGAGCACCUCGACCACUGUGCGGACUUCUACAAGCGGCACGUGCAGAGACGCAUUCGGGAAAUCUCUGACACGAAGCUGGGAAGCCAGAGCCUGUUGGCCAAGAUUCUGCCUCCUCAUGUUGUCGAGUUGGUAAAUGACAACGUAUCACCGAUUGCAGAAGACUUUCCAGACGUCACCAUUGUGUUCACAGAUCUGAAAGGCUUCACGGCCUUUUGCUCCCGCAUCACUCCAACGGAACUGGUGGAGUUGUUGAACCUGCUCUACUCUGCAUUUGACGAAGUCAUACUGGAGUGGGGCCUGUACAAAGUGGAAGUCAUUGGAGACGCCUACUUUAUCUCAUCGGGUUGCCCCGCAAGGGAGGAGGAGUCGAACUUCCCCGACGAGUUUGCUAUGCGAGCAGUGGAGGAGCUCGACGUUUGCGACUAA